CAGUCAUCCGUGCUCCGUUGUGGAGGUGGCAUUGCGGCCGGACGUUCGCUCGGUGUAGUUAUUCGCGCGCGACACGCAACGACGACGAUCGUCGUCCUACGAUCUACAUGCAGUGGGUGAUCCGUCAGACGCGACGUGGGAACGAGACGAAACGUAAACGUGACGAACCGCGGCAUUCGCGCGAACUUUCGGCCGCGAGUUUAGGUCUUUAGGUACCUGGGUGUAGCGGUCGCGCGUACCUUCCCUUUCCGCUGCACAUCCUCUCUUCUCUUCCACGUUCCUUCCCAAGGAGACAUCAAUCGCAGCGAGAACCUUCGACAGGCGACGACUUCUCGAGACGAGAGAGAGAGAGAGAGCGUGCAAAGACGCUCGAGAACGAUUCUAAACCAAGAAGAUAUCUUAGUCAAGACCUUGGCGGGAUACCUCAUCGUUCGUCUCCUGCGGUGCGCCCAAGGGAGCGAUGCGGUGCUCGAUGAUGUGAUCGACCUCUCGGUCAGCUACGCGCCGUGACCUCUUUCGAGCGGCUGGCCAUUCACUUGAUUCUGGCCGAACAUUGUCGGAUUCAAGUGAAAAGGGCGACAAAAAAACGCUAAAAAAGAAAUAAAGAGAGGAUGCGCGAGAGAAGAUGAAGGUAUUUUUGCAACGACGAGUCUUGAACUUGACAAGAAAUGAACGAAGGACGAGUGAUUGAGAUGCGCGGGAAAAGAAUCAUUCGACCAAACGUCUUACUGACAUCCGGGGAAAAAGACACGGGAGAAGGAAUUUUGAAGGCAUGAUAGACGCGAGAAGAGCGAAACGACGACAGGAGGAGUCGGCGAAUCAUUGAAACGUGUCGGCGAAAAAUUCGCAUCAGCGAGGCGCGCGCUUUUUUCAUUCCGUGAAUACUCGAGAAGGGAGACGAUCGAGGAGACGAUUGAGGAGACGAUCGAGGAGACGAUCGAGGAUCCAGAUGCUCGUCCCAAAUUGCGGAGAGCGGAAGAUGAAAGCGUCUCUCGGACGUAUGGGAUUAUGAAAGUCAUCGGACGAAAAUCGAUACGCGAUCUUAUCGAGAGGAAAAAUCAGGAGGAGCAGCCUGGGAUCAGCUGGCUUGGACCGAGCGAGUGACAACGAAACACCUUGAUGCGAAGUAAGGCGAUGAUAGAUCCCUGCGGUUCUCCUUGAAGCGGCCGCGUAUGAAUUUCAACGUGCGGUCGGCGCUAAACAAGGCCACGUUGGAUGUCCACGUGGCGUGGAUAUCCGAUAAUCGGGAAGAUCGUACGUGAUCGUCGCCGCAGUGACCGCGCACGACGGCGGAUAUCUCCGUUCGUGGUCAUCUUCGCGACGUUAUCAUCGUCUCGUCGCUCUUCUCCCCGCCGCGGCCACAUGACUUGACGAUCGCCCUCUUCUCCUCCCGCUGCUGCUCCUGCCCGUUGAUCGAAGGCGGCGGCGGCGGUGGCGGUGACGACAACGACGACGACGACGUCACAACGACGUCGACGUGGACGAUAGCGCGACUAGGAGUCAACGGCUCCCAACGCAACGGCUCUUAAAACGGGUGACACGCACUGCCGGCGAUUCAGUCAGUCGCCGGCGGUCGGUCCGCAAGUGCGAGACGUACGCGAGUGUGUGUGUGUGUGCGCGCGCGCGUGUGUGCGUGGUCGCGUCUUCCCGGGUCGCGGGGAUUCCACGGAGAUUGAGAUAGGAUCCGAGGGCGGGAUCCGAGAGCGGGAGGGAAAUAGAAGAGGGAACGCACGUUGGUCUCCAGGGGCUGUAAAUUCCUCCCUACUUUCGUUCCAGGGCAACCGUGGUGCGUCGUGACGGUUGUAGUGUUAUUUGUGGUGGCACGGUGUUACCGUUGUGUCGCUGCUACCUCGGGAAGCGGUGGAAGCGGUGGCGACGGUGGCGGUGGUGUUGGCGGUGGAUAUAUAUAUAUACACAUAGUGCUGGAUGAUCGCGGCGGCCCGCGGGGGCGGCGAAACUGGAGCAGCCGGUGGCGAUCGUCGGUGUAGCGGAGGUGCUAUCAUGUGCACGCGGCGGAUUCUCGGACUGGCGGUCGUGGCCCUGUUGACUCUCGGCGGUCCAGCACGCGCGUAUACCAACCAGUGGGCCGCACACGUCGACGGUGGAGAAGAGGUGGCCAGGCGGGUCGCCGAGGACUGCGGCUUUCGCUACUUGGGCAAGAUAAACGAUGAUUGGUUUCACAUGGAGCAUCGAUCCGUGGCGAAGAGAUCGACAGAGCCGCAUCUCGAAGUGCAUCAGAGGCUAAUGAAAGACUACAGAGUACACCGAGCCGAGCAGCAGCGGGCGAAAUCGCGUACCAAAAGAGAUCUUAUAAUCAAACGUCCGUCCAAUAUACUAUCGAUGCUAAAUGACGAAAGGUGGCCUCAAAUGUGGUAUCUGAAUAGGGGGAAGGGAUUGGAUAUGAACGUGCAGGGUGCUUGGGCCGAAGGAAUUACUGGAAAUGGCGUCGUGGUCACAAUUCUCGACGACGGAUUAGAAAAAGAUCAUCCAGAUCUUUUUAAAAAUUAUGAUCCACAAGCGAGUUACGACGUCAACAGUCACGAUGAGGAUCCGAUGCCAAGGUAUGAUCUGGUAGAUAGCAAUCGACACGGUACCAGAUGCGCUGGAGAGGUCGCAGCCACUGCCAACAAUUCUCUCUGUGCCGUAGGUGUUGCUUUUGGAGCUGGCGUGGGUGGUGUUCGAAUGUUAGACGGCGACGUGACGGAUGCCGUUGAAGCAAGGUCCCUGAGCCUAAAUCCCCAACACAUCGAUAUUUAUAGCGCGUCAUGGGGACCGGAUGACGAUGGCAAAACUGUGGAUGGUCCCGGCGAAUUGGCCACCAGAGCUUUCAUCGAGGGAAUUACCAAAGGUCGCAAUGGUAAAGGUUCUAUCUUCGUAUGGGCAUCCGGAAACGGUGGUCGAGAUCAUGACAAUUGCAACUGUGACGGCUACACCAACAGCAUUUGGACUCUGUCCAUCAGCAGCGCGACCGAAAACGGCCUUGUGCCCUGGUAUAGCGAGGCGUGCUCGUCCACUCUCGCUACCACUUACAGUUCGGGCUCUAACGGCGAGAAGCAGGUCGUCACUACGGAUUUGCAUCAUCAUUGUACGAGCAGCCACACGGGCACGUCCGCGUCGGCGCCAUUGGCGGCCGGUAUUUGCGCCCUUGCCUUAGAAGCGAAUAGAGAUCUCACCUGGAGGGACAUGCAACACAUCGUGGUCAGAACUGCCAAACCUGCGAACUUGCAGGCACCUGAUUGGGCGCUUAACGGUGUCGGUAGAAACGUGAGCCAUAGCUUCGGUUACGGACUGAUGGACGCCACUGCCAUGGUACGCUUAGCGAGAAGAUGGAGAACCGUUCCAGAGCAACACAAAUGCGAAGUAUCAGCGCCACACACAGGCAGGACAAUACCGCCGAAGAGCCAAUUGGUCCUCGACUUACAUGUCAAGGAGUGCAGCGGUGUUAAUUUCCUCGAGCACGUUCAGGCGAAGGUAUCGUUGAUGGCAGCGAGACGAGGGGAUCUCCAGAUACAAUUAACAUCUCCUCAGGGCACGAAGAGUACUCUUCUUGCCAAGAGACCGCACGAUGUUUCGAAGGCCGGCUUCAACCAAUGGCCAUUUAUGUCGGUGCACACGUGGGGAGAAAGACCACACGGAACUUGGAAAUUAGAAAUUCACAACGAGGGUCGAUAUUUCGGACGCGCUACUCUGCACGAAUGGGCGCUGAUCUUCUACGGUACUGCGACGCUGCCCGAUCGAACCGAGUACGCUCUUUACAAUCCCGCUGGCAUGAGCAUGCCCAGAAGGCCAUUGGUGAAACCACGCGAGACCACUUUUUCGAAGAAUCAGAAUGCCCCGACGAAGAACAAACAGACGCAGCACAAGUCUGAUAAAUCUGGCAGCCUGAGCCCGCCUUACGUGGUGAACGCGCAGAUUCAGUCUCAGAGGAAGGGCAAGGCUCGUGGUCAGCAUAAGAACGGCAAGUCGGCCAGUCGACCAAGCCCCAAGCCUACCGCUCAGACCUUGCGAGGUCUCACCGGGCUGAACAAAGGGCCUAAUAACGCGAUCGGGGAUGUACGUUUGAUCACGUCGAGGCCGCGCGGUAGAAGUACACCGAGUCCGAUCACCAGCACGGUGACUCAAGUCGUCGCGACGACGAAAACGCAAGCCACGACGACGAAUAGGCACAAGAUCGUCGAUCUGGCAACUGCCUCACCCCUUCAGAGGGGUCUGAUCUUGUUGGAGCCGCCGGCGAAAGCGGCCACGAACAAGGUCCCAGCGGUAUUUCAGCAAUACCCCAAGAUCCAGCAGUUAUAUCCAGUUUACGGCGGAGCUCGCGGAAUCGGCCAACAACACGCUACCAGAGCUAAGGGACUCGAUCUGCUGCAGGACGAGCAGUUCGAUCCGAGGAAUUUGCAAUUGGACAAGGAUACACUUGAGGACUGGAAGCUGAUAUUCUUCGGCACGGAAACCUCGGUGGAGAUGGACGACGAGCUGGAUAAGGACAAACCGUUACCGCCGGUGGCUCACCCGGACGUGGUUCAGAACAACAAUGCAGCCUCGAACAAUGUCCGGCACAACGCCGUGGACACUGAGGGCGAUCCGUGGACAGGCAGCCAGCAGGUGAACCGGGUCUCCCAUCCGGAGGUGCAGAAGCCGACGACGGAGAACCAGACGAGCGGCUGUGCUGCCCUCGAGAACGGGGGCAGCAGGUGCCUAGUGUGCAAACUGGGUUGGUACCACAGCGAUGGCAGCUGCUUGCGACAGUGCCCGUCCGGGACUUAUGCGGUCCGGGACGACGAAUCUAGUGUAUUCUGCAUCGCGUGCCAUUAUUCCUGCCUAUCAUGCAAAGGACCUAGCGACGCUGACUGCGUCACUUGCCAUGCGGACUCGUUAUUCACAUGGAGCAACGGAAGAACACUGUGCGCGCUGAACGGACUUGCCUGGAAGUUGAAAUCCACGGAAUGGUUCUACAGGAUGACCAUAGUGUGCUUGAUUAACAUGUGCCUCAUGAUUGCCGUCAUCAUUUAUCUCGUGCUAAUCUGGUGCAUCCGCAAACGCAAAUCCGUCCACAAGUACAGCAGAGUGUCUUAUUCCGGAAACGGCGAGGUUCAUGCGGACACGGAGCAGAGCGGAAAUACUUGUGUCUCUGAUAGCGAAUAAGUUUGUCACUGAUAAUGGAAAGUAUUUUCGAGAGAAAGCUCUGUAAUAUGCCUGAAGAUAUUCUUUUAGAAAUCUAUUGGAAAUGUAUUCGAAAAUAGUAUUUUU